AUGGCUGAGCAGCAUCCUCUCCAAACCGACUGGGACCUUUUCCCUUCCUUCGAGACGCCGCAAAUCAUCAAUAGCGGAGGCUCGAUCAAGACGUGGUGCGAUUCCUCCGGCCCUGCUCCUGCAAGCUGUUGGCCGCGCGACUGGCUACCAGCCGAUGCCGAGUUCGAGCACGUUCGAAUCCACACAUUUGGCUACGAGGCUGAUUGGAGGGAGCGGACGCCCAGCAUCCUGUCGGUCCAUGACUUUGCCCAGUCUCUGCUCGGAGAGAUGAUGAACCACCAGCUCAUCAAGCGGAGCGACGCCGGCAUCGUGCUGGUCGGGCACAGCAUGGGCGGCUGCGUGGCCAAGAAGGCGUAUAUCCUGGCCCGACAGGAUCCUGCUUGCGCGGACCUCGCGAGCAGAUUCCACUCAAUGUUCUUCCUUGCGACGCCUCAUCGGGGCUCGGAGCUGGGCAAGGUCCUGCGCAACUUGCUGCUAGUGACGGGAGUCUCCAAGCCAUACGUCAAGGACCUAGUAGCCAACUCGGGGCCCGUGCUAGAGGUGAACGAAGCGUUCCACCAAUACGCCUCGGAUCUCCAUCUCUGGUCCUUCUUCGAGUCUCUGCCAAUGUCGGACUAUUCAAACAUUCUCGUUGUCGACAAGCACUCGGCCACGCUUGGCUUCGACAACGAGAAAAGCUGCGCAACGCACUGUUGA